AUGGCGUUAAAAGUCCUUUAUGCCCUCGACACGGCGAGGACCCAAUGGUACCACUUCAAGGCCAUCAUUAUCGCCGGCAUGGGCCUCUUCUCCGACGCCUACGACCUCUUCUGCAUCCCUCCCAUCCUCAGGAUCCUCGGCCGCAUCUACUACCAAAAACCACACCUUCCCACCGACAACUUCGACAACGACGACAACAACUUCGUCAUUCACAGGUAUGUCGACUCCGCGCUCCUCGGCGUGGCUUUACUCGGCACCGUCAUUGGCCAGCUCGUCUUCGGCAGGCUCGGGGACAGAAUCGGGAGGCGCCGCAUGUACGGCCUGUCCCUCAUGGUGAUGAUUCUCAGCUCACUAGGCUGCGGCUUCUCCAUAUGCACCUCGCCGACCUGCAUUCUGGUGAGUCUCGGGUUCUUCAGGUUCCUGCUCGGGGUUGGGAUUGGCGGGGACUAUCCGCUGUCGGCGACCAUCAUGUCGGAGUUUGCCAACAAGCGGACACGUGGCUCGUUCAUAGCGGCCGUGUUCUCGAUGCAAGGGUUUGGGAUUUUGGCGAGCUCGAUCGCGACGAUGGUGGUGUGCGGGAUCUUCGACGCAGCGUCCGAUCCCAAGCCCAAGGAGAAGACUCCGAGUGAAGCUGACGUCGCAUGGAGGUUGAUACUGAUGCUGGGUGCAAUUCCUGCUGCCAUGACCUAUUAUUGGCGAAUGAUGAUGCCUGAAACUGCCAGAUAUACAGCAUUGGUGGAGCUAAAUGUCCAACAAGCGGCUAAGGACAUGGAGAAAGUGUUGGAUGUUUCACUGAGUCAAAUUGCAGAAGAUGAAUCAUUGACAUUGCCUCAAGAUCCACCGUCCUAUCCCCUUUUCUCCAAGCAAUUCUUACGCCUACACGGCCGCAAUCUCUUCGGUUGCUCAGCUUCAUGGUUUCUCGUGGACAUAGUCUUUUACAGCAGCAACCUCUUCCAAUCUCAUGUUUACCGAAAAUAUCUCGGGAAAAAGUACAAAUCCAACGUGUAUGAAGAUGCUAUACAUGUUGCCCUAUUUCAAGCCAUCGUUGCAAUAUGCUCAACAAUUCCAGGCUACUGGUUCACUGUGUAUUUCAUCGAUCGCAUCGGAAGGCGCAAGAUUCAAAUGAUGGGUUUUCUCGUCAUGGCCUUGGUUUAUUUCGCAAUUGGGAUACCCUACACAUCUUAUUGGCAAGAUAACAUAAAUGGAGGUUUCAUGGUUCUCUAUGGCCUCACUUUCUUCUUUGCAAAUUUUGGACCAAACACCACUACUUUCAUAGUGCCCGCUGAACUUUUCCCGGCGAGAUUUAGGUCAACCUGUCAUGGGAUUUCCGGGGCGGUUGGGAAGGUGGGGGCCAUUAUUGGCGCAGUUGGAUUUGGGUCGGCCUCACAUGGUCAAACGGAGAACCAUAAAGCAGUCAAGAACUUACUGGUGAUCUUAGGUGGAGUUUGUCUUUUGGGAUUAGCGGUAACGUAUUUUUUCACACCAGAAACGAAGGGCAGAUCGCUAGAAGAGAAUGAGGAAUGA